AUCGUAAAUUGGUCCAAAACAAGUAAGUUGUUACUACUCGGGGUAGUGUACCGAUUGUUGUCCUUACAUAAUCUCGCAUUGUGGCAUUUCCCACCACUUUUUCAGUUACAUAGUUAAUAUUCGUGCAUGCAGUAAACAAUAGUUAAGUCAGUAUAAUACUGGCUGAGCACAGAGCGCUUUGAUAUGGUUUAACGUGUGUUUUAAGGCGACUUAAAAUGUUGAUGUUGACUGUUUUGCUGGUGAUUUUACCGUUUUUACAUCAAGGUACUUCGAUUAAUUUGACGUACAUAUUAAAGAAACAAAAUGACAAACUCGAACCCAGUUGUUUAGCCCAGGAUAGUGAAAGAUACAGAGGUGUGGGCUGGGUGUACCCUAUUCCUGAAAAUGAAUCACAAAUCCCACAUAUAACGACUAAAUUCAUUCCGGAAAUUACAAACGAUUAUAACUGCGAUUUUUCAAAAAACAACGACUGCAAUUUAAAUUGGUCUAUGCGGGAUUGGGAACUGGACGAAGAUUCUUUGAAAACGUAUAAUUUUCUAGGAGAUGAGAGAUGGGAAGAUUUGCCAACAAUAUUUACAUCGAAAGGGUCAAAGGACUUUAACGUCCAAGUGCCAAAUGCAUUCAGGCUCGGUUUUUCCGUACGAUCCGGCAACCCUGUGGAUUUGCAGAUUUGCUCGGGAUGGAAUCCGAAAAAUUAUCCGUGUUUUUACGUGAAAAUCGACAUAAUGAGCGCGCACUUGGAAAAACACAACGGACAAGUUACCGCUACAGAUUCGAAGCCUUUGGACUCUUAUACGGCGUUCACAAAAAUAAUCUCAGACGAUGAAUGGAGAAAUUUCAUAAUAAGCUAUAAUGAAAACGGCGAACUAAACUUAUUUGACGUAAACAAAAACCGGACAAUUUUAAAACACAAGGAAAGCAACUUAAAACCCCUAUAUUUUAUACCAAACAGCGAAAAACCAGCUCUUUGGAAAAUACAUCAAAAUCACUUUUUGUACACAAAAUUGGCAAACACAUAUCGCCUCGGAAAACCAAUAAGAAUACCUUCAAAGGAUAUGUGUAUUUCCUUACAUAUUUCAACAUGUGAUGGUUGUGAAAUGAUUUUUUUUACAUUAGGUUCUGAUGUAUCCAAACAAAUAUUGAAUCAAGUUCAACCUACAGGAGAGUUUCAAUGGAGGGAGGUAAAACUAAAGCAGCAAAAUGUGGACAAUACCAAAACGAUUUUUGUGGAAACUGUAUUAAGGAAAGGUGCAAACUCAAGUUUAGGAUUUUGGGCAAUUGAUAAUGUUAGAUUCUGCCAUGAAAACGAGGUUAAAGUUUCUUACUUGGACAACGUUGAUAAACUCAAACUAAAGAAUAAUACAGACUUUAUAUCUUGUCAAAUUAUUUCACAGCCAGAAUGGAGACCUAAGAAAUUAACCUACGAUAAUGUUAAAGAUUUUCCAAAUAUAGUACCAUCUCAAACAAAAAAUUCUAUAAGUCUAAAAUGGAACGACGAAGAUCCAAAUCAUCAAACCAGUUACUUUAUUUCUUAUCAGGGAAACGACAUCUGUUCACAGGCGCCACACAAUUUUAAAAGAAUAAAAUCAAAUGGGUUUUUAUCCUCUAAUUACAACCAAAUAACGAUUGAAAAUCUCGAACCCUAUACCAAAUAUAACAUCGUUAUUUCGUCGGUCUUACAUGAGAUGGACAAAAAACUUGAAGUCACCACUCUAGAAGAAGAUUUCGUAACGUUUUUCGAAUUUCCCAGAGUUAAGUUGCAAGCCAACGAUACUUACGUUGCUUUGUCCUGGGAACCGGUGGAUUGUAAAAACGUUUACGGGCACGUUAUGUAUUCUUUGACGGUAAGCAACAAAACCCGAAAUUUCCUCAAAGAACUGAAAUUGCAAACGGAAUAUGCUUAUCAAAUAAACGGACUCGAACCGUUUACGCAGUACCAAAUCAACAUCAAAAUGGGCAGAAAACCAGAAGAUUUGGAGCACUCCAGUUCGACUGUUUUCGAGCAGUUUUUUACCACUUUGGCAGGAGCUGCACCUUCUGUUCAAAAUCUCGAAAUCUACGCAAUCGGCAAGAGCAAAGCUUUUCUGAGAUACGACUUACCAAAGGAAAUGAGAGGGGUUCCGUCGAACAUAAAAGUUGAUAAAUGCAAUGCUUUGUCAUUUAAAAAAUGCAAACCGAUAUUUAUGCCGGUGGAGCAUUGCACAAUUUGGCCCGAGAAAUAUUGCAUAAAAAUGAGCAACUUGCUUGAACAUCAGCAAUAUAACUUUAAAGUCAGUUUGAAAAAUUAUAACACCGUAACUUACGGAAAGGAGGUAUCAGUGUCUGGAUACACCAAGGAAAAUGUACCAGGGUCACCGUCGAAUAUAUCGUAUCAAAUUGUGGAUUGCCAAAACCAAGCAGAUUAUUGUAAUAUUAAUGUAUCUUGGUUACAUCCGUACAACCAAAAUAGCACAAUAACUUCUUUUAUAAUUAAAAUGAAUGGUACAAAAAAUUUGAGUAAAACUGAUGAACACGAACAAAUAUCCGAAGUAUACAAAAUAAUCAACGACACUUACCUGCCCAAAUAUACUUACCAGAUUAAAUAUAUCCCAUACAGUACAACUUACGACUUAUCGGUCCAGUCAGUAAAUAAUGGAUUUAAAAGUGACGUGGCGCGAACUUCUAUCACCACAGACGACAUAGGAGACCAUAUAGAUCAAAGUCCUACAGUUGUGGCAAAAUGCGACCACACUGUAGUAUUCAAUUUGCCCGACCUGGACAGAAGGUUGGACCAUUAUGAACUAACAGUUGUAGUGCAGGAUGACAAAGAUGUCGAGGUGGAUCAAAAUUUGCCUGAGAAAGUCGUUGAAAAUUUGUGUAGGGAUACUGGAAACACGUGGAUCGCGAAGAAAAUAAAGGUAACCGACAACACAACGAAAACAAUAACAAUCGGAGAAGCAGACGAGUUGGAUAAAAUCUCAAAAGUGAACAAUAAACCUCUAACUCCAAACUCAAGAUAUUGUUUUGUAUUCAUUAUAACAAAUAGUUACAGAAACAGUGAGCACGACGUUGUUUACAGCGAAACCACUUCGACUGCCAGCUGCGUUAAAGAAGCUGGGGUAGUUUCAAAUUCUAGUCCAAAAAGCAAAUAUGCUCUGUUAUUGCUUUUGCUGAUAAUACCUGUUGGAUUUUUAGUGUACUGGUACAUAAAAAGAAGACGAAGGCCAACUGUCAAAGAUAAUCAAGAAAACGUGUACGAAUCUCUGCCGUUCGAAGAAUGCGAAGAUAAUAGUGUUAAUAAUAUGAAUUACGACACAUUGUUGCAUAAAUAAAAAUGUUAGCCAUAUAGUUUAAAUACCUGUACUUAUCUUGUCUGUGAUAACAUUUAUACUAAUUGAUAAUUUUAUGUGUCAAAAUUUUGUGUAUACUUAAUUUUUCUUGCGAAACGAAGUGUAAAAAACACCACAACCCAACCCUGCCUACUUAGUUUCAUCAUGCUUAAUCUCAUUUAUUAUAAAGACUAAUUAUGUUUUAAUAAUUAAUAGUUUAAAUAAACCCUAUAAAAAUU